UAAGCUGAUAAGAAAAGCUCCACCUUCACAUCAAUGGUAUAAGAUCAGCCAGACCCUUGACAGACGAUCAGAGCCUGAAGUCUUCCGUCAAAAUGACUAGACUUCUGCAGCUCCUGCUCCUGACCUGGACAUUCAGUCCUCUGUGUCUCUCAACCACUGUGAGUUUCAUUGGUUCACCAGAGCAAUGUAAAACUGCUCACUUUGUUCCAGGUUACAACCUGGGAGGAGAAGGCUUCGACAUUGUCAAAAUGCAAAGAAAAGCUGCCUAUGUCAUCGACACUGAAACAUGGGACCUUGGAAAUGGCACUUGCAGAAUGUACGGAAACAUCUACCAAAAUGGAGAGAAACAAAAGGUCCCAGUUUCAGUGGUGGACUGGAGAAGCAUCCCAAAAUGCAAUUUGAAGAUCUCCAGUAUGCUCUAUGAUUCUGUUGAAUCUCUCAUCAAUGGUUCCACAUCAUCGAUUUCCAACAACUGGAAAAUUGGUCUUAAUAUCCCUGUAGUCGGUGUUGGUGUUGGUUUUGGAGGGUCACACUCCAGGGUGGCUGAAUUUGGCAUGGCAAAGUCAAAACAAGACCGCUACACAUUUACCCGCCAUUCUGUUAGCUGUAGCUACUACAACUACAAACUGACAACAAGCCCACCUUUGCAUCAUGAAUUUGAAAAGUCUGUGAAGUCUCUUUCUCCACAUUCUUCUGAGAUACCUUACCGCAAUCUGAUCGAUACUUAUGGCACACAUUACAUCACAAAGGUUUUUCUCGGAGGGGAGAUAAAAGCAACAACAUCGAUUAAGACCUGCCAGGCAUCCAUGAUCGGGCUGUUGGCAACAGAAGUUAGUGACUGUCUGUCGGUUGAAGCUUCAGUUAACUUUAAAAGUACGGCGAGCAUCAAUGCUAUGUAUGGACACUGUCAGGAAAAAAAAAAGAAACUGAUCCAUGGUGGAAGUUUCAACGCUGUGUUUAGUGAACGUAUCACAGAAGUUGUUGGUGGGGACAAAAAUGAUGUCGCGUUCUUCCAAGGGUAUGUUGAUCCCAGUGUCCAUAUCAGGUGGAAAGAAUCUCUUAAAACUACACCUGACAUCGUGAGUUACAACCUGAAGCCUCUGCACACAAUUCUGCCAGAUGGUCAUCCUGCCAAAAACGGGCUUAAAGGAGAGGUGGAAAAGUAUAUCAAGGAGAAUGUACUGAUAAGAAAAUGUUCAGAAUCCUGUCAAAUUGGCCACAGAUCCAGUAGCAGAGAUCCCUGUGCUUGUGUGUGUAACAGUAAUCAUUUUAUCAAAUCAAACUGCUGUCCUGCUGGGAAAGGUUUCGCAACAUUGAAGGUGUACAAUCUUUAUGCUAGGGGACUGUAUGGUGAUUGGAUCACUCAGACAGACGGUUCAGUGACUGUUAAAUACAGUAACCAGGAAAAGCGCACUCAAACGAUAGAUAAUAAUGAUAACCCCAACUGGUCAGAGUCAUUUGAUUUUGGACCCAUUGUUGUAAAUAGCCAUGACAGACUGACUUUCACGGUUUAUGAUGACGAUAUAUGUUGGAGAAGGGACCUCCUUGGUAGCUGCUCCAUUGACCUUCGUAGAGGAAAAGUUUCAAACAGUUGCAUGUUUACUCAUGGUACCUUUUAUUUCAGCUACUCAGUGGAGUGUGCACCAAGCCUUGGUGGCAACCAGUGUGAGGAGUACAUUCCUUCUCCCAUGGAUCCACCUUUGGCUAAAGUUUUCUACUCCAGAAACGGGGUUCUGCUUGGAGAUUCAAAGAAGGGGUUUGUUAAAUCUGCUCCUCAGCCAGAUUUGGGCCAGCUGUGAGACGAUGACAAUGACAAGGAUUUUGAUUUGAAUCAUUUUUGCUUGUGGCAUUUCUAUCUUUGACUUUUAUAUUAAUAAAAAGAACAGUUUGCAAAUUCAAUCUAAAUGUGAUAAUCUGUACUGAUAACUUUUCUCUCUGUUUCUUCCUUUGUACUCGCAAAAUACUGCAAUAAAGCAUUCAUAAAGACAA